UAAAAGACUUUUCGAUGGAACCAUUGCACAUGGCGGACGUUGCUCCUGCCCGGUUCCAAAAUAUUUAUAGAAAUCGGUCGAAAUUAGUGUCGUUUAAAGAAAAUAUUGUUACGUAUAGUCGUUAUCUGACGUGAUAGAGACGUAGUGCCUAUAAGUUUGGGAAAUAGUGUUCGUCUUACGUGGAUGUACACGGAUUUGUGAUGUGUAAUUCCAUGAGGUGUAUGUAAAUACGGUUUCCGAAUGUCCUAUAUUCACGCUGGUAACCAGGCCGGAUGGGAUCGGAUAUCCCGUAUAAGAUGAUUGCUGGAGCCGUUUGAAGAAUCGGUCGUCAUUUUAUGACAAUUUAAUUAGAAGUUGUUUCCAUUUUUGUAUACGUUAAAUAACCUGGAGGAUGAUGGAUUGGUCCAGACCCUUCUCUUAAGUAGGCAUUCUUUAGGAUAUCUGAAUAAUGUGAAAAAUUGUGUAAGCUGGCCGAAUGACCUUAUGCAGUCGUGGCCAUUAGAAGUAAAGAAGAAAGAAGAAGAACCCACUAAAAAUUACCCCUGGCCGCAGAAUCAUUGUCGAGGUUAAAAAAACCUACUAAAAAGUCUUAUAUUUUUAAUUAAAAGAAAAAUGGAAUCUCUUACUAGCCUAAAACGAUGCAAAUAUUGCAAUGAACAUUUAGAAAUAUGCGUAGAUGAAGGUCUUCAAUGUAUUAAAUGCAGUAGUGCGGUUCACAUCCGAUGUUUAAGAAGAGGUUCGGCACCUGGUGGAAUAAAUGGUGAUGUUUUCUUUGAAUUUAUUUGUUUAGAAUGUUCGGAGACCGGCAUUGAAAAGUUUCAUAGGACAAAACUUUCAUGGUUGCAAGUGAUAAAUUUGGCAUUGUAUCAUCUACAAACGCGAAGUUCAGGAUUAGCAAGAAAUGGAUUUUUUCACUGGAGAAACCAUAUAGUUUCAUUUAUUGAUAGAAAUUGGGAAACUUUUUUUCCAGGUGAUAUAAGAAGGAAGAAAAGGUGGCUUGGUACUGUUGCUGGAAGACUCUCAUACUACAAUUCUUAUUUAUUUUUGUCUGGAGCAAAAACUGUUUUUAACAAACCAGCAUGGUGGACAACAAUGUACCCCAAAUUAUCACCAUAUGUAAUUUCUGAAUUGUAUUCCCAGAUGUCAUUAGAGAAACAGAGAAACAAAAUGAAAAAUGAAAAGAAAAUAGUAUCAGAUGCAGAGUUGUUUCAGUAUAUAGUUCAAAAACACAUAAAGAAUGAAGAAUUGACCCAAACAUUUAAUAUAGAAAAAGUUAAUUUGCAACAAAAUGAAAUGGAACUUGAUCAAACUCAGAAGAAAUCUAAGAACAUGAAAAAGAAAAUGCUGUUGCCCAGUUACAGCGAAGCUUCAAGCAGGAAAUUACUUAAACUAGCUUCUCAUGUAUCCUUUCUACCUGAUGAAUCUCUUGUUAGUGAUGACACCGUAGAAACAAAAAUCAACAAGAGCAGAGAACAAAGUAAAUCUAGACAGCCCUUACGGUUACUGGAUCCACUUUGUCAUUAUAACACUUCACUUAAUAAUAUAUCUCAAAUGAAAAUGCAAAAACUGCAAAUCAAACUUACAGGCGGUAUACGAAAAGAAAUUAUCUUGUCUCCAUACAGUGCUAUAUACUUAAAACCUUAUAUAAGAAGAGAUACCCAAAUAUUUCCUAGUUGGUUAAAGUUAAUGGCGGAGGUACAAUUAGCAGCAAACAAAAAUAACCCAGCUUUUGAAUUAUUACCAAGAGCUCCUAUUGAUUUUACUUAUGUUCAGCCAGAACAUAUCCCUGCCAUCAAUAGUCUUUGUAAUCAGUUUUUCUGGUCUGGCAUCGAUUUAACAGAGUCGCUUCAGUAUCCAGAUUUCAGUUGCGUUGUUUUGUACAAAAGAUUGGUUGUCGGUUUUGCCUUUCUAGUUCCUGAUGUGAACCACACUGAAAACUAUAUUUCCUUUGUAUUCACAAGACCGGGAUGGCGAAAUUGUGGAAUUGGUAAAUUUAUGAUUUACCAUCUUAUUCAGACCAGUUUGGGGAAGGACAUAACCUUACAUGUAUCCAUAAAUAACCCAGCGUUUUUUCUUUACCAAAAGUUUGGAUUUAAAGUUGAGAAUGUAGUUUUAGAUUUUUAUAAUAAAUAUUAUCGGAAUGAUAUCUGUGAGUCCAAACAUGCAUUUUUAUGUAGAUUAGAAAGGUAGUUUUGUACUCUACACACUAUGAAUAAAUUUAUAUACACCGUUGUUUUAUUGAUUGAUAUAGUCACCUAGAUACUUUGGAAUUACCUGGGUUCUAAACGGCCACCGGCUAUGGAUUGCAAUUUCCAUUACACCCAGAAUUAUUUUUAGAAGCAACAAGGGCAACACAAUCAUCAUAUCCUGAACUGAACAAAAAGUGCUAUGUGUAUAUUAUUAUAAAGUAAGUCUCCCCACACCUUAAUUUUUUUAACCAGUGGAGUCAUAAUUUGGGGAAUAGGGUUUUAAAAAAUUACUACCUUUUUAGGUUAUUUUUAUGAGAUGCAUGAGUCAUUUUAAAUUGAAACUUUACAGGAAGUUACAUAAAUUUGUAUCACUCUUUAAAGUAAGUACUCAAUGUGGCUGCAAUAUAACACGGCAUAAUAAAAUUGUAUUAGUUGGUAAGCGACUGCCUAUACCAUAAUUUUUAUUUUAUUAUUUUGAAAAAUCAAGAUUAAUUUAGUCAUUUUAAAGAGAAUAUAUUUUUAAAAUUAAGAUGACGGCAACCAUUUAUAACCAUCAACGUACAAUAGCAUCAAAAUUAUCUAAAAAAUCUUUUAACAUUUUGUUUAUCAUGUUAUCAUUGACAACUUCUCAUCUUUAAUGGUUCCAAAAAAUGCAAGGGGCAUUUGCCAAGUACCAAUGAAAAUCAAGAUCACACCCAUUAUAAUUUUUACUUAUGGUAUAUUACUCUCCCUUUCAUUUUUAUUUUUAAUAGUAAUUAAAUAGUUCAAGUUGCAGACCUAUUUCAUCAACUUAAUGAUCUGGAGACUUAUAAAAACUGGCACCACCUCUAAUUCAGUGAAUUUAGCAUAUGAAAAAAUCCAAAACUUAAGGAUGCAGAAAAUGUGAAAAUACUAUGAAGUGGUUCACUGGGAUUUUAAGAUAUAGAUAUUCAUACAUAUAUAGAAAAAUUUAACCAGGUUAAAUCAAAUUAUAUGAUCAUAUUCCAUA